AUAGAAUAGAGACUAACAGAAAGCUUCAUUCCCGUUGAUUGUAUGGGCUAUAUUAAAGCGCUCCCACCCUCUAUCCUCUAUUCUUUUGCACCCAAAAAGAAAAAAGAAAAGAAAAAAAACAUCAGAGCCAUUCAACUGAACUCACAAAGAUCUAUACAAAGAAGAAAAGAUGAUUCAAGAACUCCUAGGAGGUGCAGGGUUAAUUGGUGGAGAGAGGAAAAUCUCCAUCGGUGGAACCAUUUUGGAGGGAACCCCAACUGCUACUCCAUCACCAUCUCCUUCUUCCUCCACAACUUCAUCGUCAACAACUACAACUACUAAUUCUACAGCUCCAGCAAAUUCAGAGAACCAGAAUUUGAGGUGCCCCAGGUGUGAUUCCCCGAACACGAAGUUCUGUUACUACAACAACUACAACCUCACUCAGCCUCGUCACUUUUGCAAGACUUGCCGUCGGUAUUGGACAAAAGGAGGUGCUCUUAGGAAUGUUCCUAUUGGAGGGGGAUGCAGGAAGAACAAAAACACUACUGUUUCAGCAUCUGUGGGAAAAUCAAGUGCUGCUAAGAUGAAAACUGUAGCAUCUGAAAUUGGAAGAUCUGGCCUUGGAAAUGGGUUUGAUCAUGAGCUUCAGUCUAGCCCAAUUCUUUGGGCUUCACCCCAGAGUUCUCAUCUUCUAGCCUUGUUGAGAACUACCCAAAACCCUAACCCUAAUACUUUGUCUAAUCCUGUUAGUAUUAAGGAAGAGGUGAGCUUGCUUGGAUCACACAUGAUGAACGAGCCAGCAGCAGUUUCAACUGGUGCACUCAAUGCUCGAACCCUAGGCUUGGAUCCUCUUAGCCAGGUUCCUUCUCUUGGACUUUGCAGCCCUUUCUGGAAAAACAGUCAACACCAAGCUCAACAGCACCAACAGAACAAUGGGUUCCUACCAGGUGAAGUUCAAAGCACAGGGAUUCAAGAACUGUAUCAAAGACUCAAAUCAUCAGCAAGUUAUUACUCUGAUAGCUCAGCGGUAGUUCUAAGCAAUGUGGCUUCUUCUUCAUCUUCUUCAUCCAUUUUGGAGUCAGCUCCUGUAGCCGGAGGAGAAUUGGGUUACUGGAAUCCGGUAUUUUCAUCAUCAUGGUCUGAUCUUCCAACAACCAAUGGUGCAUAUCCUUAAAGAACCCUUUUUUUUUUUUUAAACUUCUCUUUCAUUUUAUCUCACCUUUUUAUAUGCUAAUGUUGUCGCUUCUUCUGUUAGCUGUCUGCCUUCUGGUAUAUUAAUAUGGCUGUAGGUUAGCAUCAGGUUGUUUCUUUCUUUUCAAUUCUUUUCUCUUUUUCUUCUUCUUGUCUCGUUUAAGUGUGCUUUAAGGUGUGUUUAAUUAA